AUGGAGCCCAUCUGCGGCUCCAAAAUCGAAACGAAGGUGAUCAACCAAGUAAAACGGGCCUCUCGAGGUAAUAGUCGGAAUACUGCAGCCAGUUUCUUCAAGAGGGAACUCCUCGACUAUCCCAACGCCGAAACCUCUAAAGCAUCCAAAAAAUAUGUCCGAGCCAUGAGACCACUGAAGGAUGUGAUCACUCCUACCAACCCCUUCCAAACAAAUUUCCUCGACCUCCUUCGCCGCAUCUUUGUCUACGACCCUAAACGGCGCAUCACCGCCAAAGAAGCCCUCGAACACCCCUGGUUCCAAGAGAACAUCCGGGACGACGGAACAGAAGCGCUGAAGCUGCGACUUGCACGCGAAGAUGAACAAGUAAAAGCAGAGCAGUACGAAGAGGACGAUGAUGACUAUGCGUAG